AUGCAUUUGGGGUUUAUAGAAAUAUCAAAACGUUCCCUCAAAUGCAUGUUGGGCGUUUUGACUCUAGUUCUUUACGCCGUCGAUCCUGUGCUCCAUACCUUGACUUACGAGUACGUGAAAGGGCCUUCCAUAAAAAACGUUUUCCUCGAAUUCGGGUCAAACAGCGUUGUUCAAGAACGUUUAGCCGAUAUAGCCACCCAAAUUGGCGACGCAAUAGGCAAACUCCACGACUGUGGACUUGUUCACGGUGACCUUACCACGUCAAACAUGUUAAUCAGAGAUAGAACUAAUAAGCUCGUCCUUAUCGACUUCGGUCUUAGCUUUACAUCAACGCUCCCAGAAGACAAAGCAGGGGACUUGUACAUGUUGGAGCGAGCUUUUAUUUCAAUGCAUUCUUCUUGUGGGAAUAUGGAAACCAAAGAAACACAAUGGUUUUGA